UGUCUUAAAGUUAAAAUGUCUUGGUGCCGAGCAGUAUGGCUGUAUGGUUCAACAGAAGAAAAGCUGACAAUCUCGUCAGAGUGGGUUGAAGGAGAAGUAAAUGGAAAACAGUUUGUGAGGUGGCCUAAUGGUAUUAAUGUUUUAAAAGCUUGUAAACAACAGGUAAGUAUUUAACUUAUUUACUGAUUGGCAGUUUGGAAGGAGACUCUUUGUAAAAACCUAAAGUAUCUUUAUUUCAAUUAUUUAUUUGAUAUUAUAAAAUAUAUUACACAUUCAAUCAAAUAAAACACACUUAAAGUAUUCAAUGUAUGAAUAUUACAAAUACAAAGAAAAAACUUUCCAAACUUUAGAUAAUAAAACAGUGUGUGGAGGGUUUACCUUUACUAGUGAUGUUUCUAAAGCAUAUUCUUAUAAACGAAUAGAGGAAUCUUGUAAAUUGAUCUUGGAAAAUGGAAAAGGAAUUAAUUAUCAAAAAAUACAUAAAAUACGUGUUUGUCCUGAAAAGCCCACGUUUAACAGAGUUAGGUCACGACCUCCGUUCGAUGUAUCAUCACAUUCUUCAUUUUUGCAAGAUCCUGUAGCCCGAUCUCUUACUAUUGAUACUUAUGCGACGGAUGACAUAGAACCACGUUCUAAUCAACCAAUUUCAAGACAAAAUACUUCAAAGAGUUCAGCAAUAGUAUCUUCUAGUUCUAUCUUUUUUUCCCUGCUGCAAAAUCUUGUCAAUCACAAUUUGCGUCUGAAGUUAAAUCUAAAAUCCCAGUUAAAAAAGUUCCUACCAGUGAAAUCUAAUUUAGUAAACCUACUAUCUUCCUCUAACCAAAUUAGGAUGCCACCAAUGAAUACAGCUCUAAUUUCUUAAAACUUCUAAAUCUAAAUUUCCUUUUCCUGAAGCUAAUAAAAAUAUUUAUUGUUUUGCUUUUACUAUCAAGUGUAUCAAG